AUGAAGGUGUUCUUGGCUGCCGCUGUGGCAGUUGCCCCUGCUGCAUGUGCAGGCAACACGACCCAAGGUUCGGUGAACGCGACCCAAUUCACCCACUUUGAAGGCUUCUGCCGGGACGCCUUUGGUGGUGAUGUUCUUGCGAAUGCUUUUCCGGCCGGUGCUGAGUCUCUUGCGGCUUGCCGGGCGGCCUGCAGCGAGAGCUCAAGCUGCGAGGGAUUUGAGUGGUAUCCCGACACUCCUGGCUUCGAAGGCGUCAAGUGCCAUACAUUCCCAGGUUCUCCCGGUGCCGGUGGCUCAUCGACUUUGCCGAUCAGGCAGGGAGGCGGAUCUUUUCUGGAUGCGCAGUGCUAUAUCAAGCAUGGAUGCCGCGACAGCUACUCCUUAAAGGAUGGCUUGUGCAGAGACCUGGGAAAUGUCGAUCUCCGAGCCGAUGCGGUCCCCUCUGCGAGUUCCUCCCUGGAGGACUGUCAAUCCUUCUGCAAUGCAGAUGAAAACUGCGAGGGAGUUGAGUGGUAUCAGAAGACUGCAGGAUAUUUGGAUGUAAAGUGCCACAAACUUCCGGGCACUCCGGGCAGUGGUGGCGAAUCCAACUCCCGACUCGAAACUGCAGGUGGGUUCUACCUCGAUGCGAAGUGCUACAUCAGGAGGUGUUACGAGCCAAGCUAUGAGAUCAGCGGUGGCGCGAGGGGCCAGAGGCCCCACAGUUUUUGCCUGGCCGCUCUCUCAAUCCUUUAUGGAUUCCUGCUCUUGAGCGAUCGGUCCCAGGCCAAGGGCUUUAGUUCGAAGUGA